CCCUAUUUAGUACAGCAGCAAUAGUGAUCUCGCUUGAUCGCUCUAGGUAGAAUCCUCUCCUCUUAUCACCUAUCCCUCUGAUAGGGUGAGCGAGAUAUCUAAAUAGGCCUUUGAUUCCCUUUCUGCACAGAUGAUAUAAAAUCAAUAUACCACUGCCAGUUUCAGUUAGUUAUAAUAAAAAUUUCGUUUCCUUCGCAUCUAACUCUGUAUCGUCUAUUAUACAAAGCAGAGCAUAAAGACAAACCAUUCCAACACUUUGAUUCCGACCAUAUUGAUAGUCCGAAAACCCAACAUAAAAUGGUCCUUCGAGCCGGAUGCGAAGGUCGGAUGGUCGGUCAAAGUGUUUAAGUCAGUUCGCGGAAAGUUUAUGAACAAAUACCGGGUCGUGAAUCGGCGAUAGUUGCGACGUUCGUUUGGCGGUAAAAUAAGUUUCGCGCGUGUCGAAAGUUAUCUAUCACGAACAAUAGUGCUACUGUGAAGACUGAACAAUAGUGAAUUGUGCAAGCAGUAAAAGUACGUUACUGUUCCUAACGAACUCGGAACAUAUACAACAAACUGAAAAGUGAUUUACAAAUAAAGCUACUAAAGCUGAAAGUGCGCGUCAUCACGUAAGAACGGAAAAUCUGCCCAAGUGAGUGUACGCAUUGGCGUGGUCGACGGAUUAUUGUACCGCGUGGCGUUGUAAGUUGGCGUGGCUUGGUUGGUGAGACAAAGGAGCCACCGACAAAGGACCCUGGGACAAAAGGCAAGGUUAUCAGGCGGACCGCGUGCCCUCGUGCACUGAUAGUACUGCGUUCUGCUGAUUUGAAGCUUGUGAUUUACGAUUGUUGCUAGUACUAACACGGUGGUGGAGACAGGUCAUCUUAUUUCUGGCGGUAGCUUGGUCACCCUUGAGAAUUCACUUCAUUGAAGUUCGGCUCGUGUUUAGCGAGUUAUAUUCGAGAAUUUUUGAUCGUUCGUGGAUUUUGGUGACCUCGUGAGAAAAUGGCUCCAAAUUUAAGAGCACUCUGCAAGCAGGAACGUUUUUGUCUUGACACUAUGCGCAAUCUGUUAGACUUCAUGCAAAAUUAUAAUGAACGCCGGGACAAGGAUCAACUUCCAGUUUGGAGAGAGCGACUGGAGGAGAUUUUCGAAAAAUUCCAGAGCAACCGUUUGCAAAUGGACCUUCUAGAAGAAGAAGCUCAGUACCAUGAUGCUAGUUCGUUGCAAGGGAUUGAUGAAGCAGAAGGUGAAGUUGACCUUGGUCCAAAGGUAGAUGCUAGCCGCAAGGCACGUGAUGAGUUUGAAUUGAACUAUGUUAGGGUAAAGAGCUUCCUAAUCGCAGCAGAAAGCAAAGCUAAUCCGCCACAAGCCAACGCAAUUGCAGUACCUUCUGCAUCCUCUCGGGCUACUGAUCCAGCAGUUUCCCGAAUUAAACUUCCUGAAGUCAAACUUCCGUCUUUUGAUGGUUCUCUUACUGAGUGGCUCACUUUUCGUGACACUUUUCGAAGUUUGAUCGAUUCUAACCCUCAACUGUUGGACAUCGAUAAGUUCUCUUACUUGGUAGCGUCGCUAUCCAAGGAAGCAAAAAGGGUUGUCGAAUCUAUAGAAAUAACGUCAGCCAAUUAUUCCGUGGCGUGGAACCUAUUAAAACAGCGUUUCGAUAAUAAGAAGCUGGUAGUCAAAACGUAUCUCGAUUCGCUUUUCUCCAUUGAACCCAUGAAGCGGGAAUGCUACGAUUCUCUCGUCCGACUAAUAGACGAUUUCGAGCGUAACCUACAAAUGAUCGCGAAAAUGGGCAUCGACACUGAGGGCUGGAGUAUUCUGUUGGCCCACAUGGUCUGUUCGCGACUCGACUCGUCUACACUGAAGCAAUGGGAAAAUCACAACAACUCAACGGAAGCUCCCAAGUACCGAGACAUAAUGGAGUUUCUGCGUCGUCACAGUACUAUUCUUCAAUCCAUCGCCCCUUCGAAAGCUCGCAGCUCUGAUCCGCCACGGUUGGAACCCACUCGACCGCAGAAAACAAGGUUUAGCAGCAUUCAUUCAGUAACCGGCACUACUCCAAGGUCGUGCCCAUUCUGUAAGCAGGCAAUCCACUCUCCGUUCAAGUGUGAAGCGUUUAGGAACUCAUCAGUUCAGCAAAGAUACGAGUUAGUGAAAAGAAAGUCCCUCUGCAUAAACUGCCUCUCUCCAGACCACCAAAUCAAAAACUGCGCUUCCAGUGCGUGUCGUGUUUGUGGCCAAAAACACCACACAAUGUUACACCAGCAGACUAGCAAUCGUAAUCCAACCCAAGCUCAAGCUCUCAAACCAUCUACACAGACGCCCAGCACAGAUCAAACUCAGUCUCAAACUCAGAACGCUCGGAGUACACCAAUUGUUUCAAAUCAGUCUUCCUCGCAAACCAAUCCUACUGAUGGACAGGUGCCAUCGUCAUCGUCGUUCAGUCAUUGCUCUACCUCCUUGACAGCCAAUGUUCGUAGAAUACCAUCGGCUGUCUUACUGCAGACAGCGAUAGUAAAGGUGUUUGAUCCCGCUGGUCACUCUCUGUGGGCAAGAGUAUUACUCGAUCCCGCUUCGCAAAUUAAUGUUAUCGCAGAACGCUUUGCACAGCGCUUGAUGUCACGCUUAGUCAAAAAUCAUCAUGUCAUCGGUGGCAUCGGAAAGGCCACCAUAGUUUCUACUCAUUCCGUUUUCGCUCGCAUCCAAUCGCACUGUUCGGACUUCAGUGCUGAUCUAAAGUUCCAUGUUUUGAGGGAAAUUACACACGAAUUACCCUCGACUACCAUUAACACCUCUGAAUGGAAUUGGCCAUCAGAUGUUGUCUUAGCUGAUCCCAAAUUUCACGAGCCAGCCUCAAUUGACAUGAUCAUAGGAGUAGAGGUUUACUACGAACUUCUCCUCGAUGGACUCAUUCGACUGGGUCCCGGAAAACCAGUACUGCAGAAUACAGCCCUGGGAUGGGUAGUCUCAGGCAGAGUAGGAGUUGUACAAUCAAACCAAACUGCACCUAGUAUUGUUCACGUCUGCAGUACAGAAGCCUUAGAAGACCAGUUAGCCAGAUUUUGGGAGCUGGAAUCCUGUCAAUCGUCAAGCAUCAUGUCCGUUGAAGAAACUACAUGUGAAGCACAUUUUGCUGCUACCACAAGUAGAGAUGAAUUCGGUCGAUUUGUAGUGGUACUUCCCAAGAAACCAUCAGUCAUUCCACUGCUGGGAAAUUCAUACGAAAUAGCCAAACGUCGUUUUCUUUCCUUGGAGCGUCGUCUUCAAGCUGAGCCAAAUCUAAAAACCGCAUAUUCAACAUUUAUUCAUGAAUACCGUCUGCUGAAUCAUAUGCAAGAAGUACCAGAAAGUUUGCAAACUAAGUCGCAUCCUACGUACUACCUCCCACAUCACUGCGUAGUACGCCCAGAAAGUGUGACCACUAAAUUGCGUGUUGUGUUCGAUGCCUCUUGUGCCACCGACACCGGCAUUUCGUUGAACGAUGCACUCAUGGUGGGACCAGUAGUGCAAGAUGACCUCAUCUCAAUCACAUUGCGGUUUCGGAUGUCACGGUACGCCAUCAUCUCUGACGUGGAAAAAAUGUACCGGCAAAUCUGGCUCCAUCAGUCGGACCAUUCUCUACAGAGAAUCCUAUGGAGAAACGAACCGUUCGAACCGAUUCGAACCUAUGAGUUGACAACCGUCACUUAUGGGACCUCUGCUGCACCGUAUCUAGCGACCAAAUGUCUUCAGGAACUUGCCAAAUUGGGGCAAUCAUCGCAUCCUGCAGCAGCACAAGUUGUGGCUAACGACUUUUAUAUGGACGAUCAGUGGCGUAAAUAGUGUCGAGGAAGGGAAAAU